ACUAAACAGGUGAUAAAAUGGAUGUUGAGUAAGGGACAAUGCAUGACAAUGAAUACAUAUGAGCAGCUCAUACGUGCACUAGAAAAAGACCAUAGAGCUGAGGAAGCACAUGUUUUUUGGGAAGCAAGAAUAGGAAGUAAUUUACAUUCAGUCCCCUGGCAAUUAUGUACUUACAUGAUAUCCAUGUACCAACGGAAUAACAUGCCUGAAAGGCUAAUAAAGCUUUUCAAUGAUCUUGAGCUGCACAACAGGAAACCCCCAUACAAAACUAUAAUUAAAAUGGUUGCAGAUGCAUUUGAACUAUUAGGUCUAAAGGAGGAGCAACAAAGGGUAUUGGAAAAGUAUUGUAGCCUGUUUAAAAAGUCAUCAAAUAAUAGAUCCAAGAAAAAGAAAGAGAAAAUGGUGCAAGAUUGCAAUGGUGAGAAUGCAGUAGACAGGUUAAGUGGAGUCCAUUCACCUGGAGAAUCUGAAUUGCUAAUAGAAAAAAUUCUGUCAAAUGGCGAUGCUGGAAGUAAUCCCAAUGGGAGUAUGGAAGUUUCAACUGCAUUGUAAUGCAACCUAAGGCUUUAAUGCUCUUGUAAGAGGGAAAAACGACUGAUUUUUUAAGGUAUCCUAAAUUUUAAGAUUUUGGAGAAAAUUUGAUACUUUAUGGAGCCUUAUACCUAGUAUUAGGGCAGUAUAAGGGUACACGCCAGGUAAAUACUAAAUCCUUCUUCAGAUGAGAUUUGGCAUCUGGGCUAGGAGAUAGCCUCAAUAUGUAGAAUGUACCUGUUGUAUAACAAUUGAAAAUGUAAUAGUCUGAUAUAGAGUUGAGUGAUAUACAUACAUGCCAUUCAAUGAUCUAAUGAGUUGGUCAGUAGAUAUUAGCUGUAAGCUUAAUUUUGUUUCAUCAAAGCUAACUAGACAAUAACAUUGUAACUUCGUUGAGCUGUAGUCUGACAGAAGAUUGAAAAGCCUUUGCAGUUUUUGCUGA